AUGGACGGGGGUAACGGUGGCCCCGACGCUGGUGAGAUUCCGGCCAAGCCAAACGAGUGCGACACAUCGCGCAAUGUGACUUCGCUCGCGCUCCUGCCGCACGCGGGCGCCAUGGUAGCGCUGUGCCUCGACCAGCAGCUUUUUCCACCCAAGGGCCUGAAGCCGCUCCGCCAUUGGCGCCUCCGCGUCUUCACUUCAUCGAAAUGGUGA